AAAUUAUCUUGUCUCUAAGCAAAAAUGGCUUCAAAAACUACAAGCUCUUUCUCCAUUUUCUUGAUUCUGAACAUCCUUUUCUGCACAAUAAUCUCUGCCUGCGGUAACUGCGGUUGCCCUUCUCCCAAGCCAAAACCUCCCCCCUCUCCCAAGCCAAAACCUCCCCCUUCUCAUAUGCCAAAACCUAACCCGAAACCCAAACCAACCCCUAGCCCUGUCACAGCCAGAUGCCCUAGAGACGCCCUUAAACUAGGAGUCUGCGCCAACGUGCUUAGCGGUCUACUCAACAUCACCCUUGGUAAGCCACCGGUGAAGCCAUGUUGCACCCUCAUCCAAGGACUCGCUGAUCUUGAAGCCGCGGCUUGUCUCUGCACCGCGCUCAAGGCUAACAUCCUUGGGAUCAACCUCAACAUCCCUAUCUCACUCAGCCUGCUUCUCAAUGUUUGUAGCAAAAAGGUUCCCCCUGGCUUCCAAUGCUAAUCAAGAUUAUAAUUAUACAACCAACACUUCAUGUCAACAUAUAGAUCUUCUUGUUUGGAUGGACAAGAUAAUAUAUGUAAUAUAAAUUAUGUAUUAUUGUCUCGGUGUGUUUAUCUACGUAUGUGUGUAUGUGAUUCCUACAACUCUAAACUUCACAGUUAUUUUUAUUUUGUUCUCUUUCAUUGGGGUGCUGUUAUACUGUUGUGUUGGUUGUCGUUUGAAUUAAUAGAUCACAUGUUGUAUUGGUGUCGUUUGAAUUAAUAAAUCAUAUGUUGUAUUGGUUA